ACAUACACACAUUCUGAUUCAAUUCAUUCAUCUAAAAAUUCAUUUUUCUAUUUUAUAUUUCGGUUAAAAUAUCUACUACAAAAAUCAAGAAUAGCAAGGUGCACCUUUGUUUUUUUUUUUUUUGUUUUGUUUUGUUUUCACUUUUGCAUUCAAUAUCAUCAUCAUCUUUUAAUCUUUACUAUUAACCAUCAUUUUCACUUUAAUAAAUAUAUUUUUCUACACAAUAAAACGUAAUUUAUUUUCCAAAUUUUUUUUAAGGUGAAAAGUUUUUUUAAUUGUCAACAUAUAUGAUGACAAUGAUAAUGGAAGAUGAAAAUGGGUCAACCCAAAAAGGAGCAUUGAAUAAUAAUAAUAAUAAUUCCUCAUCAACAACAAUAAAUCCACAACAACAACAACAAUCUAUGAUUUUCUCAUCAAAUGAUCAACAUAAUAAUAAUUCAUCAAUACAAUUGUCAACAAGUUCUAUGAAUAACGAUAUUCGAUGGGCAUUCUCACAAAUCAAAGGUCCACUCGAUGAAGAAGUUGCAGAAGCUGAUAUAAUAUCAUGUGUCGAAUUCAGUCAUGAUGGAGAAUUAUUAGCGACUGGAGAUAAAGGUGGACGUGUAGUCAUAUUUCAACGUGAUCCAUUCGUUGAAAAUAAUAAACGUUCCGUAUUAUAUAAUUUUUAUACAACAUUUCAAAGUCAUGAAGCUGAAUUCGAUUAUCUCAAAAGUUUAGAAAUUGAAGAAAAAAUCAAUAAAAUCCGAUGGCUUAAAAGAAAAAAUGCUGCUAAUUUUUUGCUUAGUACUAAUGAUAAAACAAUUAAAUUAUGGAAAAUUGCCGAACGAGAUAAACGUGUGGAUGGUUUUAAUUUAAAAGAUGAUAAUGGCCAGAUGAGAAUCAUUGAUCCUGAUUCUGUAACAUCGUUACGAGUGCCAAAAGUAGUACAAAGCAAAUUAAUGAUUGAGCCCACACCAAGACGAAUAUUUGCCAACGCUCAUACAUAUUUGAUAAAUUCAAUAUCCGUCAAUAGUGAUCAAGAAACUUAUCUUUCUGCGGAUGAUCUUCGUAUCAAUCUUUGGAAUAUUGAAAUCAAUGAUGAAAGUUUCAAUAUUGUUGAUAUCAAACCUGUUAAUAUGGAAGAACUUACCGAAGUUAUCACUGCGGCUGAAUUCCAUCCACAUCAUUGUAACUAUUUUGUUUAUUCAAGCAGCAAAGGAAUACUGCGUCUUUGUGAUAUGCGUGCAGCUGCACUUUGUGAUCGUCAUGCAAAAAUUUUCGAGGAACCUGAAGAUACGAGUUUCUUUUCUGAAAUAAUAUCAAGCAUUUCAGGAAUCAAAUUCAGCAACAAUGGCAGAUAUUUGAUCUCACGUGAUUAUAUGUCAAUAAAAGUUUGGGAUAUCAACAUGGAAACCAAACCACUCGAAACGUAUCAUGUUCAUGAUUAUCUUCGUUCAAAAUUAUGUAGCCUAUUCGAAAGCGAUUAUAUAUUUGACAAAUUUGAAUGCUCAAUAGAUGGCACUGAUACUCAUAUCAUGACAGGAUCCUAUAAUAACUUUUUUAAGGUAUUCAAUCGAAAAACAAAACGUGAAGUCAUGUUUGAAGCAGCAAAAGAUUGUACAACAAUGAAUAGCAUUUUGAAACAAAGAAAAGUUAAUUCUGGUGGCAAAAAGAAAAAAGAUGAAAUUCAUGUCGAUAGUUUGGAUUUUACUAGUAAAAUAUUACAUACAGCAUUUCAUCCGAACGAAAAUAUCAUCGCUGUUGCUGCCACUAAUAAUCUUUAUCUUUUUCGUGAAUCAUUUGAUAAAGAAUAAAUCCAUUGUAUAGGAAUUAUUUCUAAUUCGAUCAACACCACCUCAAACAGCAUAGCCACUUUUACAACACACGGUACACGGUGGACAUACGAAAAAAAAAACAUUUCACACUCUCUACGUCGUUUAUCACCUCCAAUAUUAAUCAAUGUUAUAAAAUCACACCUUUUAAUCAAACGGUAUAUACAUAAAUUUCAUUUAAUGCUUAUUGAAAUUUUUCUUUCUCGUUGAAAUGAUUGUUAUUAUCAUCAUUCGGUCCAAUUAUAUCACGAUCUUCUCAUCCUUGCACAUUUACAAUACAAAUCCCAUCACUUUCACCAUGAUCAAAUAGCCCUUGAUCGUUCAAUACGUUCAACUUGAAACAAAAAACAAAACUAUAUAAUGUAUUUAUUGUUUCAAUUGUUCCAAUCAACGAUGUCCUUUUCUAUAAUAAUUACAUAUAUCAUUGUUAUAAUAAUUGUCCAUCAUUAUGCAACCACCGUUCUGAUCAUACGAUGAUGUUGAUCAUGAUGAUGAUGCAUUUU